UAUAAGAACAUAUAUGGAACUUCACAUGUCGAUUUUUUUUGUAUAUACAAAUUUUGAUUUCUUUACCUAGUUAAUAUUUAAAAGGAACAAAUUACGUAUAUUUAAAUUUAUUCUAUAUUAAUAAUAAUAUUAGAGUGUACUGUUGAAAGUAUUGUCAACUACAGAGUCAAAUAAUAUUUCAAUUUGUUACGCUCCAGAUUAAUCCGAACCAACCACAAUUAAGUUAACAUUGAAUAGUCACUAAAGCACAUUGAAAUUGUCUAAGUGAAGUAGAAGAAUAGUAUCAGACAACAAGAAGACAAAGGGAAAGAAGAAAAGAAAGGAAAUCAAAAGAUAAUUUAUGAUGAGUGAACCAGUAGUCCUUUCCUCACUUCCUGAACCAGUCAAUAAGGAUGCUGGCCUUAAUAAAGAUAAGAAGAGUAAAGAAGAUAGACCUUAUAAAUGUACCUAUUGUGAUAAGGCUUUCCAUCGAUUAGAACAUCAAACCAGACAUAUCAGAACUCAUACUGGAGAAAAACCUCAUGCUUGUACUUUCCCUGGAUGUACUAAGAGAUUCAGUAGAUCAGAUGAAUUAACCAGACAUUUAAGAAUUCAUAAUAAUCCAACUUCCAGAAAGAGAAAGAAUAAAAAUGAUGGAACUCCAAAUACUUCAACCACUACCACUUUGGAACCAUUACCAAUUCAAGCUCCUCCAACUGCAGCUAUCUUCCAACCACUUUCAACUGCUAUUCCAUAUUCGGUCGAUAGAAAUGGGAACGCUGUAUAUCAUCAACCAUACCCAGUAUAUUUCAUCCCACAACAACCUCAGCAAGCUAUAGGUCAACAACAGCAAUAUGCUUUUGUAUCUAUACCGCCAACUAUCGAACAACAACAGCAACAACAAAUUCCACAGCCAAUUCCACAGCCUAUUCCACAACAAGUUCAACCAAUACCUCAACAGCAUUACCAACAAAAGGGAUCUGCUGUCUUUUCCUUACCAUCAUCACCAACUAAUUUCCAGCAAUAUACCAAUAACAAUAGCAAUAACAAUAAUGGUUCAGCCACCGAAACUAAGACCCAUAAUUCCCCAACAGUACCAAUAAUAACUAAAUCAGAUUCAGCCUCAUCUAUAAGUUCUGGCGGCCCAGUAUUUAGUCAUGCUGGUACUCUUUCAACUGCUAAUUCAGCUAUUCAUUCUCUUGGAACUUCUCCAGACACUUCAUCCAACUCAACAAUAAUGCAACCACCAUUCCAUCAUAAGCCAACCAGUUCCAUAAGUAAUUUGAAUGAAUAUUUCUUACAGAAUCAACAGAAGCAAAGUCGUUUAUUUAAUUCAUCGACAACUUCACUUAAUUCAUUAGCUGGUCUUAGCAUCAAUAAUAAUCUCAGUACCAACAAUAGUGCAACAACUACAAGCAAGCUUAAGUCAUCAAAUUCAGGUUCUAACUUGGCUUCAUUAGGAAGUUUAUCAUCAUUACAACGUAUGACUCCAAUUAAGCCAAGUUUACAUAGUACCAAUUCUAGUAAUAAUGUUCGUCCAUCUAACUUUAGUUUACCAAGACAAGUUAGUGCUACAUCAUUGAACUUAGAAUUCUUUCAAGCCAAUAAUGGACCUUCUAAUAAGAAAUCUCGUCCAAAUUCACCAACUCAAUCUCUGGGUCAAUUAUUUAUGAUGUCUGCUAGUAGUAGUUCUGGAAGUAACUCUGGAUCUAAUGUUCCAAGUGUGUUACAUAAUCCUGGAUCUGCUUCUAAUUCUGGUGCUCGUAGAGCUGGUCAGUUUUUAAUUUCACCUAAUGAAACCCCAUUACAAACACCUUCUCAAUCCCCUCAUUUGCAACCACAAUCAUUUCCUAAUGGUGGAGCUACGACUCCAUCUAGUAGUAGUGUUAAUACAUUAAUUAGUACUGCUGCUCAAACUAUUGAAAAUGAAAAGAAUCAUGCUACACAAGCUCAAACCACUGCUAAUAGCAGUGGUAGUAUCGCUACUACAGGUACAGUAUUACCACCAAUUAGGUCGGUUUUAAGCUUUACAUCAUUGAAUAGUUAUCCACCAGCCUUUAUGACUCCUUCUGUAAACACACCAGUUGUUGAAGAAGAACCAAAAAGAGUGGCAAACAAUCAUAAUGAUAUGAGUUUAUCUAAUAUCAUGAGCUAAGCUAAGCUAAGUUGAUAUAUGAGGUUAUAUACCCUUUAUUUUUUUCUAUUUAGAUUACGAAUUACUACUUUUUUUAUUAUUUCAUGACAGGGAGGUAUUAUUACUACUAUUAAUGGUAUAGUUUAGUUUAUAGAGAUUAUAUUAAUAAUAACAUUAUUUAUUUAUUAAAUAGUUUGAAAUG